ACAGACGAGCGGCGAGUGACAGCUGCCCAAUGGGGGCCGCCGGCUCUCCCACCCUGAGGAGCGGGGGGUGGGGAUCUCCCCGCCGCCGCCUGAGGAAUGUCAACUAUUCAACAUGGAGACGGCGGUUACCAGGCUCGAGACCAUGUUCCAGAAGGCAGAAUCUGACCUGGAUUAUAUUCGACACAGACUGGAGUUUGAAAUAUUGAAAGGUCUUCCUGAUGAUCUGGCACCAGAGGAAAAUCCAGUUGCUCUCUUGGAAGAAAUUGCCGUGGUGAAAUCUCGUUACAAAACGUUGUCUAUGCAGAUGAAAAAAGUUUUCACAGAGCAGAGAGAAUCCAUCAGGAGCAUCUGUGCUGCUCUAGUGAACACAAUGAAGAUAGUUCGGGUGUUAAAGCAACAUGCUGGUCUUGAGUGCUUACCCCUGUCAGCAGAAGAACAGGCUGCAGCACUGCAGUUAACCUCCCAAACUGUUGAAUUGCUAGUGGAAGAGCCAUCUUAUUCAAGAUCUACAAGCACUGCCUCAACUGAAGAGGAGCACUGAGUGUUUUGGAGAUGAACAAGAUGAAUAUGAAAGCCAAUGACUCAAGAAUACAAAUCUUGAAAGAACUGGCUAUUGCGGAACUUGACAAACAAGGAAAUGUUAAAUUGGUUGUGUGAAUAAAGGCUUGGGCCAUGUUCAUUUGACACAGAA